AUGACAUCGUCUAAACAACCUGCGGUUUUUGUUACUCAUGGAGCUGGUCCUUGUUGGUUCAUGGACAGUAAUGAUUUUUCGUCAUUUGCUGGUAUUGAUAAAAAUAGUGCUGGUGCAAAAUGUGGCUUUCCAAUAGAAACGUAUGAACUAAAAAUUCAACCUAAAGGUGAUCUUCUAUUGUCUCAGAAAGUUUCCGAUUUACUGAAACAAUCAGGUUUUAAUGCAGUAUUAAAUUCUAAACGAAAUUUUAAUCAUGGCGUCUUUAUUCCAUUAAAAUUGAUCUAUCCAAAUGCUGAUAUUCCCGUUGUUAGCAUGUCUAUUCUCAGUAACUAUUCACCAGAACAACAUAUUGCUAUAGGCAAAGCCUUAUCACCUUGA